GCUGGUUCAUUGGGACCAUGUGUGCUGUGGCUCUCCUCACACUUGUCGUGCUCAUGGCCUGCUUUGUCAGGAGAAACAAAGGUGGCAAGUAUGCAGGUACGCCACCGCCGACCCAGCGACGAGACAUGUUCGCCAUGGAAAAAGUGAAAGAGAAGGAGGACCUCCACCCUGAUUUGGAGUCACAAGGAAUGAAUGAUGACACCUUCUGUGAAUACAGCAAACCAUGCAUUCAUGAGCUUUACGAGGAUCAGCCUAGAAGCCAUUGUUCUCGUCAUUUAUUGGGCUAGGUAAUCACACGAUGUAGUUAAGAGUAGUGGGCAACAAAACCUGUGCUGUGCUCCCCUUUAGUUGCUUUUAUGUUGUUGUCAGAUUUUGAUUUAAGUGUGUGAAUCAGCUUGCUCCCAUAGACAUCAGUAGCUUAUUUUGUGUGUUACUGUGUGCAUCUGCAUGUAUAUAUGAUAUCAGAUUUUCGUACUUGCGAGCUAACUUUUUCGGCGUUAGGGUUUCGCUC